AUGUCUCGCUACGCUGCCGCACAUGCCUCUCCCAAUGGAGCCGGUGAUGCUCGGCCCACUGCCAUCCAGAUCCUCGAGGACGAAAACCUCAUUGGCAAGCUGCCUGACAAGGUUAUGCUCGUUACAGGUAUCUCCUCUGGCAUUGGAAUUGAGACAUUGCGUGCGUUCCAUGCUACCGGUGCCCACGUCUUCGGCACUGUUCGUAACGUCGCCAAAGGCCAGGCCGUCGUCGACAAGAUCCUAGCCAGCAAGAUCCCAAGUGGCGGUCCCAUCACAUUGAUCGAAAUGAGCCUUGAUAACCUCGAGAGCGUGAGGAAAGGGGCGAAAGAUAUUCUUAGCAAGACCGACAAACUUAACAUUGUGGUCAACAAUGCCGGUAUAAUGGCGUGCCCAUACGGCAAGACCGUCGACGGCUUCGAGACGCAGUUCGCAACCAAUCACCUCGGUCAUUUUCUUCUCUUCAACUUGCUGAAGGACACUCUGCUCGCCUCUGCGACGCCCGAUUUCCCUAGCCGUGUCGUCAGCGUGAGCAGCAUCGGCCACCGCGCAGCCAGCGUCCGUCUUGACGACUACAACUUCGAGAAAGAGGGUAGCUACAGUCCCUGGGCCGGUUAUGGACAGUCGAAGACAGCAAACAUAUGGCUCGCAAACUACAUUGACCGCCAUUACGGACCGCAAAACUUGCACGCCACGUCGUUGCACCCAGGAGGCAUCAACACGGGGUUGCAGGUUCAUCAACAGGAACUCGUCAACUUGAUGAAAGACAACCCCGAAUGGGUGAGGUCGGUGAAGAGUUCGGAACAGGGAGCUUCGACGAGCGUCUAUGCGGCGUUAAGCGAAGAGUGGAAAAACAAGGGAGGAAGGUUCCUGGCGGAUUGCGAGGAGCAGCUUGAGGUAGGCAAGAAGCCAACGUCGGCCCAAGCUGCCAGUGCAGCGAAAGGUGCGGGCCAUAUCCCCAAUGAUGAUGGGUACAAGUCUUGGGCGUAUGACAAGGACGGGGAGGAGAGGCUGUGGAAGGACUCGCUCAAGAUGGUGGGAUUAGAGUAG